AUGGAGCAUGUGUUGGCAGAGGAGAUUCGCUCGGGAGCUGUCAUCGUUUACCUCGACGAUAUUAUUAUCGCGUCGCAUUCUUCUGAGGCUCAUUGGGUCGACGUGAAAGCCGUGCUAAAAAAAUUGAGAACGUGUGGGUUGGCCGUGGCGGAGGAUAAGGUUGUGCUCGGCUCUGAUCGCUUAGGGUUCCUAGGAAGCAUAAUCAGCGGGGGACAAGUGAGUGUCCAUCCCGAUAGGAUUAAGGCACUGGAGAAAACCCCUGCCGCAGCUACCAGAAAGGAGUUGCUGACGUUUUUGGAAUCG